AAUAAAAGCGGAACACUCGCGUAGCAAAUAAUUCCUUUUUUCUGCUGGCUCCGUCAAUCCCUCGAACCAGCGCGACUCGCCGCCUUUUUUCUCGCUCGAAUCGGAAGGUGCCCUGAAAAUCCCAAUCCCGUAGCUUCUCUUGUCCAAUCGGUCAAUCAAUCAAUCCCUCUCGAUCUCAGUCGAGAUCCGCCAUCUUCAAUCUCCUCCCUCUGUUCCCGCUGGCUUUUAUCCCCACUCCUUGUGCGGUCUCAAUACAGCCCCCUAGGGUUUUGCUUUCCUAAUUCAUGUCCUUUCUUCGCUCCUGGAUUUUCCAAGGGAAGCUUCCAGUUCUCUGCUAGCUUGGUAGAUCGGAAUUGAUUCUUUGUUCCCUCGUUUACUUCAUUCGUUACUGCUAUCGGGUUCGAAGUUGCUUUGCGCCCUAGGGUUUCGAGAUCUCUGCUCGUCUUUCGUAUUUGCGUCGGAGUAAACCGAAAUCCGGCGGGCUUAGGCUUCUUCGCUGGAAUUCGGGAGUUUCUCGGUGCUGGAAGUGGCAGGCUGAUUGUAUUGGACUUGUUGCAUAUAUAUAUAUAUAUAUAUGGCGGCAGGGAGACAUGGAGGAUAUCGCGAUAAUGAGUUCAGAGAGCGGGAUUCGGAAUUUGAGUUGUCGAGGAAGGAAUCUGCGUAUUCAAAGGAGAGAUAUGAUAGGAUAGGGAAUGGUACACAAGAGUAUGAUGGUGACCGCGUCCGAGUUCGUGAUUCGAGGGAUAGGGUUAGCGGUGGUAGGAUGAGGCAGAGGGAUGUUAAGGACAGGGUGGCCAUGAAUGGUGGGGAUAGGUGCUCGUCUAGUAGGAGCAAUUCAGGUAGUAGUGGUGGCGGUGCGGGCGGGUUGAGGCCGUGUGGUUCUCUGCGUGCGACUGUCGAUAGAGAGCCUGGUGAGUUGUCUAGCGAUAGUGGGUCUGAUGGUGCAAUUGCGUCAGAAUCACGGGUCAGUAAAGAAAGUGAAAACUUGUUGAAGGUGAGAGAGAAUGUCAUGGUAAAGGCUCAUGUCGAGAAGAAGCGGAAGUUCUCUCCAAUUGUGUGGGACAGAGAUGAAAAGGCAGUGAGUAAUUCAUUGAAAAUCGGAGGUCAUCAACAGGUGGUAGCCUCUCUUCCUCCUCCUCCUCCUCCUCCCUUCGUGCCGGAGCUGCAAAAUGAGUCACCUGAUGUUGUUACUGAAGAGAUAACAGUAGGAAUAUCAUCCGUUAGAAGUGCUGACAAUCAUAAGUCACAAUCUUUAUCUCCUUUCAAGUAUCCCGUGUCUAAAUCUUCAGGCGAGUCUGACUCUCCCGUUGAACAGGUACCUCCAACAUCUAUGUCUGAUGAACGCCAAUUAGGCAAAGAUCUCCAACCAGAGGCUCCAGAAGAUGAAGAUUAUGUGCCAACUCGUCAUAUAUCUUCCUCAAGAUGGGCAGCUGCUAUCAAUUCUCCUGUUGACGAGGGUGAAAUUGUAGAAGACCACACUAUGAUUAAAAGGAGGAAGUCCUCUGAUUCUAGGUUGCAAAGUAAGUCUGUGUCCCCUGAACCUGGAAGCCUCAAGAGAGAAGGAUCCGAAGGAGGCAAGGACAGGUUGUCUGCUUCUGAAGAACCGGGAUCUCAUCCGAGGUCCUCGAGUGGAGAUCAAUAUCCAAACAAUGAUUCUGAGAGGGACGAAGAAAUGGAGAUUGAUGGGGAUAAUGAUUACAAGUAUAGGAACGUUGGCCACUCAAAUACUGAUUCUGAAGAUGAAGAUGGUUCUCAGGGAACACCUGAACCAGCUGGUCCGCCUCAGAGAAGUGUUAACAUGCUCAGGGGUUGUAGGAGUGUUGAGGAUUUUGAGAGACUUAAUAGGAUAGAUGAAGGUACAUAUGGCGUUGUAUUUAGAGCCAAGGAUAGCAAGUCUGGGGAAAUUGUAGCCUUGAAAAAAGUAAAGAUGGAGAGAGAACGAGAAGGCUUUCCUCUUACUGCUUUGAGGGAAAUAAACAUUCUCCUUUCCUUACAUCAUCCUUCUAUUGUGGACGUUAAAGAGGUGGUGGUAGGUGGUAAUCUUGAUAGCAUUUAUAUGGUCAUGGAGUACAUGGAGCAUGAUCUGAAAGGACUUAUGGAGUCAAUGAAGCAGCCAUUUAGUCAGAGUGAAGUUAAAUGCUUAAUGUUGCAGCUGUUAGAGGGUACAAAGUAUUUGCAUGACAACUGGGUGCUUCAUCGUGAUCUUAAGACAUCAAACCUGCUACUAAAUAAUCGGGGUGAGUUGAAAAUUUGCGAUUUUGGGUUGGCUCGUCAAUAUGGGAGCCCAUUAAAGCCAUAUACUCAGAUGGUGGUUACUCUUUGGUACAGGGCACCUGAACUUCUUCUUGGAGCACAACAGUAUUCAACGGCAAUUGACAUGUGGUCAUUGGGCUGUAUAAUGGCUGAAAUGCUAUCUAAAGAACCUUUGUUUAAUGGCACAAAAGAAUAUGACCAACUUGACAAGAUUUUCAGAAUCCUUGGUACACCCAAUGAAACUAUCUGGCCUGGGUUUUCGAAGUUAUCCAAAGCUAAGGUCAACUAUGUUAAGCAUCCGUAUAACCUGCUUCGUAAAAAAUUCCCUGCAACAUCUUUCACUGGAUCACCUGUGCUUUCUGAUGCUGGGUUUGAUUUGUUGAACAAAUUGCUCACCUAUGACCCUGAGAAGCGGAUAAGUGCUGAAGCUGCUCUUAACCAUGAGUGGUUUCGUGAAGUACCACUUCCUAAGUCGAAAGACUUCAUGCCUACAUUCCCUGCUCAACAUGCACAGGACAGACGUCUGCGAAGGACGGUGAAGAGCCCAGAUCCUCUGGAGGAGCAACGCAGAAAAGAACUGCGGCAGGCGGAUUUGGGGACUGGUGGGUUAUUUGGCUAAGGGAGUAUAUUUUCCAUCCUGGCCUUUUAUCUCCAUGAUUAGCUUCCACAUUGUUAACACAAUACGAGGUUAAGGUGAGGGAUAACUACUGAAGGGAAGUUGCAAAACAUUGAUUAUCAGACAGUUGUUCACCCUGUUUUGCUCAUCUGGUGUUCUGAUUGGGGAGUUAUUUGCCUACUGCCAUCAAGUAGUGUUGCAGGUUUCCUUCGUCACAGAGUUGUCUUUCAUUGAGCCUAUAGAUUUUCAUCUGUGACACUGCUUGCUUCGCAAGGUGUGGCAUAAUGGGUUUCCUUUCGAAAAUCAGUUUCAGCUGAAACGAGUGUAUGUAACAUAUUUUUUACUCUGGUACAUUGUAAACAAUUCGAUCCAAAUACAUUUUAAAGAUUUAGAGCGUAUGGUUUACUGCCGAAUUGCCUGUUAUCUUUCUUUUUUUAAUUUUCACAUUGUGUUUGCAAGAGACGAUUGAUUUGAAGUGGAGAAGAGAAGUUCUUAGCAUUGAUUGAUGAAGAGAUUCAAUAACCGUGAUUUGUCAAAGUACCAAAGACAAAAGGUCCUGGAAGUUACCUGCAUACUGCGGAUUUUCUAGAAUUUUCAAUUAAUUGUCAACAAUGCUCACCAAAGGUACAGAACAGCCCUUGGUUUGAUCCUCCGUCAGUUCGUACUUUCAAUUCUGCCUGCGUUGUCAAAAUCUUGUGGUUCUAUUGGACGCCGUCUUUCAUGCAAUUGAUGGUAGUUAGAAGCUGAAGCUGCAUCUGGUUUGUCUCCUUACAAGCUUGUAGAUUUCAGUGUCUUUUUAUCUGUUACCCUCCCCCACUAGAACUCUGGUUUAUGUCGUUCCUAUUAUACUUAGAGUUUCCUUUUAACAGCCAAAGAAUGAUUUUGCUUUUUCAUUCCUGUCAGUUUUCGCUAAUGACAUGGUAUGUCGUAGACGUAGAGUAAGUCAUGCACUGUCUUUCUUGUUUUGGUGAAAUGUUUGCAAGGCCGACGCAGACGUUUCUGGAUGAAAAGUUUAUGGAGUUCAGUCUCUGCUGAUAGCUGUUGAUUAAUGGCUUUUUCUGCCAUUUGUUUUCCCUCUAUUUGAUUAAAACCUACUGCCUGUGUAGGCCAAAUAUAUGUAAUUGCCAGAUGCAUCAGGUUACGUGAGGGUCUUUUUUGUUGGCCAUAGAACUAGCAGCAACAGAGAAGAGGGUUUGGGCUGCAAGGUUCAUUAGGUAGCCAUUCAGUGACUAAAAGUGAUUGCCUCAGUUUUCAGCUCUUUGGCAUGAGAUGUAGAAUGAUUUGUGCAGCAGUGACUUGUCUUUUUUAGUAGGGUUUUAUUUUCCUGGAAGAUGAGUUCUCUGUGUUGGGACCUGUUAGUGUGGUCUUGAACAGGAGGAGUGUUGUUUGUUGUGUCCUAUAACAUGGAACAACAUGGCUUUGUGUCGGGGGGCAUUAAGAUACUUGCGUACUGAGAAGAGGCUGGAGGAACCAGUGGGUUACGGAAUGGAUACUUAAUUGGCCAAGUCUGCAACAGCUUCUUCUACCCUGGUUCCAGGUUUUGAUGAGAAUGGGAAUGCAGGGUGUUGGCUUGUAGUAUGGUUUCCAGCGCACGGAACCUUCUCUUCCGUUGGCUUGUAUCGUUUUCUGUAAAUUAGUCUUAUAACCAUUAAAACCCUGGCCAAAUAUCAAUACCGUAGACAGAUUUAGACGCCAGAAUCAUGGCUGCAGUGGGGUAAACAAUUUGCUUAAUAUUGUUUGAAUGAAUGAUUAAAUAAAAAAAAAUCCAUUA